AUGUUUACUCAUGUUAUCCGACGUUGUUUUAUAUCUUGUCAUAUUCGACGAUCACUUUCAAUAGUUCCGAACAAUUCUACAGUACCUUCAUCAUCCAUACGUAUUUGUUGUAUUGUUGGCAGUGGUCCAGCUGCUGAACAUGAACGUGUACGUUUUAUUGGAAAUAUUCAUAUUGAUAUUGAACAAAAUCAUUUGACUAAUUUACAUGAGAUCAAAUCAGGAGGUGAUGGUUUAAUAGCACUUGCUAAAUCUCGUCAAAUUCGAUGUAUUUCAUAUGAAGAUUGGAAAAAACUAGAUGCACAUGAAAUAAAUCUUGGUCAUGAAAAAGGAAAACCACGUGAAAAGAUAAUCAAUAUUCAAAAAAUGCUUGAAUUAACUACAUCUUAA